AUGGCAGCCGGGAAUCUAUUACCACCAAGGCCUCCGCCCAGCCGCCCGGACUUUCGACUUGAAGCUGGAGGAAGACCGCCUAGGGGCACCCCCAUCGAGCGGGGUCUACCCUGACUGCGGCCCUCUCUCUCUCCACUACAGGCCAAGUUUCUCUCCCAGGACCAAAUUAAUGAGUACAAGGAGUGCUUCUCUCUGUACGACAAGCAACAGCGGGGCAAGAUGAAAGCUGCAGACCUCCUGGUGGCCAUGAGGUGCCUGGGGGCCAGCCCGACCCCAGGGGAGGUGAGGCGCCACCUGCAGACUCACGGCAUAGGCAGAGACGGCGAGCUGGAGUUCUCCACUUUCCUGACCAUGAUGCACAUGCAGAUCAAGCAGGAAGACCCCCAGAAGGAGAUCCUCCUAGCCAUGCUCAUGGCGGACAAGGAGAAGAAAGGUUACCUUCCGGCCGCCGAGCUGCGCUCCAAGCUCACCAACCUGGGCGAGAAGCUCACGCACAAGGAAGUGGACGAGCUCUUCAAGGAAGCGAAUAUCGACCCGAACGGCCAAGUGAAGUACGAGCAGUUCAUUCCCAGGAUCACGCUUCCUCCACGGGACUACUGAGCGCAGAGCGUGCGGCACAGCGGGACCUGCGCACCUGGAGCCACGCGGCAAGGCAGCGGAA